AUGUUAAAUAGCUUUUGUCUUUUCAUCUAUCUAUCUAUCUAUCUAUCUAUCUAUCUAUCUAUCUAUCACCGUCUAAAUCAAUUCAUAUCUAUCUAUCUAUCUAUCUAUCUAUCUAUCUAUCUAUCUAUCUAUCUAUCUUCUUUAACUGUCUAUCUUAUGUUCAUAUCUAUCUCAGUCAAUUCCUAUCUAUCUCAGUCUGUUCCUAUCUAUCUAUCUAACUAUCUAUCUAUCUAUUUCAGUAUGUUCAUAUCUAUCUAUCUAUCUAUCUAUCUAUCUAUCUAUCUAUCUAUCUAUCUCCGUAUGUUCAUAUCUAUCUAUCUAUCUAUCUAUCUAUCUAUCUAUCUAUCUAUCUAUCUAUCUAUCUAUUUCAGUAUGUUCAUAUCUAUCUCAGUCAAUUCCUAUCUAUCUCAGUCUGUUCCUAUCUAUCUCAGUCUGUUCCUAUCUAUCUAUCUAUCUAUCUAUCUAUCUAUCUAUCUAUCUAUCUCAGACUAG